AGCCAGGAGAGAAACAAAAAACGUGACUAGGCACCCGAAGCGUCCUGUUAUGCAACAACUGACCUACUAACACACAUCUAGAGGCUCGGGAGGGAGAAGGAGGAGAGCGAAAGGAGGAAAUAAGGGAGAAAAACAAAGAGGGAGGGAGAACAUCAUGACGCGAGGAGCGCACCAAAACAAGGCGCCGUGCUCACACUCCAGCAUCCACCAGCACUGACAGGAGGAGAGGCUGCAGCGGGCUGGACACAGAUGGAGAGAAGCCUGCACGAGGACAGGUCUGCGCGCGCCCUCUGUGGAUUUUAAACCCUCAGACAAACAGACAGGGACUUUCAUCUUGCAGUCAUCUGCAAAGAGAACAGACAGAGGGAGACAGAGCGAGGCUCCCCAAGAGACUGACACGCUGAGGUAGACAGGCCUACCUACUUCCUGCUGUUUGUGUGGAGAUCUUGGAUACCUCAACAGCAACCUUGCACACUGUGUGUUCUCAAGCUAAACCAGAACUUAACUGACCCACUUGCGUGUGUGUUGGACACUGAAAAGGGAACUCUGAAAGUGGAUAAAUGACGGUGGCUAAUUCCAAACUUUGGCUGUUCUUCAUCCUUUUGACUUAUUUGGACACUUGAGCCCCCUCUUGGUAAGAACGUAUCGAUCACCAGGCUGCAAACCUUGGGAGGUGACGUAUUUUCAGUACAACCCUUUCAAUUCAAACUGGCUACUACGCAACAAAUAUGGAAAAUCUGACUUCAGCUGUCCAAACCUCAGAGAAUGGCCUUAACAGCCCAGAGACAUUCAGCAGCUAUGAAGAGUCUAUUCCUUCUCUUCAGGGGUCGCCAACUCGCUUGGGGCGCCUUAUCAAGCCCAAGCCCAACGUUACCUGCAGACGAAAGCGUCAGUUCAUAUCCGAUGAGAAAAAAGAUGCCUCGUACUGGGAAAAACGACGAAAGAACAAUGAGGCCGCCAAGCGCUCCAGAGAGAAGCGGCGUCUGAACGACAUGGUUUUGGAAAACCAUGUUAUUGCACUGAAUGAUGAGAAUGCGAGGCUCAAGACAGAGCUGCUCCAGCUGAAGCUGCGCUUCGGCCUUAUAAGCACAGCCUCCUACAUUGAAAAGAGCCAACAAAUUGGUGUGGACAACAGCACAGGAAAUGGGGGCUCUUCUUUAUCCUGCUCUUCUACUCAGUACUACUCCAGUGGUUAUUCCAGUGGUUCUCAGGUGAUGAUAAACUCUGAUUCCUCUGAAACAGAGCAGUCCGGUCGCAGUGAGGGUCACAGGCAGUUGGUGAAGUAUUCUCCACGUGGCUCCUUGUCUGACAUGUCUGAUGGCUCCUCAAGGGACAGCCCAGAGCCACUGCCCUUCGAGAUCAAACAGGAAGGUGACAGGCUGGAAAUGGAUAUCACCACUGGCACCACAACCCAGAUCAUGUUUAACAUUCACCGUGGUCUAGCCUCUGUACCAACAAACCACCAGAUCCAGCAGCAUCAGGAGAUAGAUGCUGCAUAUCAGAGCCAGCAGCAGCACCAACCUCACCUACUUCAGCAGCAAUCACAACCACACCAGGAGCCUGUCACCACUAUCAAACCUGUCAGCCAGGCUGUAUCUCACCCACCUGCUGCACAAAGGAGCGUCAUUUUGUAUGGAGCCAGCAGUGCCCCCUUUCCUGUGGAUGCCCUCACAAGGCCCCAGGAUGCUGAUCUGCAGGCAGCACUGAAGCACAGCAGCAACAGUAGCCAAAUACAGCAGGCCAUUACAGAGAGCUCCAUUGAGACUCUGGCUGAGGUGACAAAACAACUAGAGAAAAAGACAUUGGACUCUCCGUUUGAGUUGUUAGACAGUUGUAAUGAGGUCAAAGAAAGACAGCUGCACAGACUUUGCCAACUUACCCAGCCACAACUACAGCAGGACCAGCAGUCCCCACAGGACAAGAGUGAAUCAUCUGCUGAACUCCUGAAUGAACAAGUUGAGGAGGUCAGCCAUUCUCAGCUGUACCACCAUCUCCAGCAGCCUCAUCAUCCAUACCUCAAUACACAAGAUGAGGAGCCACCAGUGCUAAGCUAUGAAGGUGAACACAGAAAUGAGGUUUAUUAUCAAAGCCAGUUACCCUCUUCUAGCAAGGACACCACAUCAAGUGAAGGUGACCCCUGCAGCCCUGACAAAGAGGUCUCCACCGAUGAUGAGGAGUCCCCUUCUUUGUCCUGCUCAGACAUGAGCAGUUACCACAGCCAUCAUUAUUCCAGCAUCCUCCAGCCUGAUUCACCUGUGCCUCAGUACCAAGGCUGUUCCCAGGGACAGGCCUGGGAUCUCCAGGGGGAAGUGAGGGGGACCGCAUUGCCACACAAACUCAGACUCAAACACCGGGCCAUGAGUACCGGAAGCAGUGGCAACAGUGGUGGAAACUGCUCUGGCCAGGAGUCCCCAACCAGCCCCCCACCUGCUACUCCACCUCCUCUCCCCCAGCAUCCUUACCUGUCCCUCUCACCAUUGCAGAACAUUAAACAAGAGAGCCCAGGUGGACCUUACAAACAGGUGGCAUCAACAGAGGUGACAAGGAAGGAGGGAGGGAAAAAGGAGUAUGGUGGACGACGGAACAAGAGACGAGAUUAGGUGACUUUUAGUUUAUAACUUGAAGACACAGUUUCUCCUCUAAGAACUACCCUGCCAUCAUGCCUUUGCCCUAUAAUUGGAUCCCAUCUUUAAGUUCUUGGGACAAUAGUCAAGGCUUUUUUUAUUUUCCCAAUGCCCGGAGUCACCAAAAGGCUGGACAUAUUGUAGGGCUGUAUGAUAUUUGUAUGUAUUGUACAGUUUUGUCAUUUCUUAUAUCCUCUCUAUACUUUCAGAAGCACUUUUGUUUAUGAGAUGAGAGGAGGAAUGGAACUCCUUGCUUUUCUACUUUUUCUCAUUCAACAACACCCAGCGAAGUACGUCACUAAGAGCACAUUUGAUAGUUCGGGAAAAAAGAAUGUAAAAACUGAAAGCUAUUAUAAAUUUGGUACAUAUCCAAUUGUAGAUGAGCCUACACAUGUUCGGCUCUCUGCCUUAACUACAAUCAAAUGCAAUCAUUCACUGGGGAUAUCCUGUCAACCAAAGAACGCCACAGUCAUUGUAAAUAUUAAGUUCCAUCCUCUUCCCAAACCCUACCUCUAUCAGUCCAUCCUCUACCAUCUCCAUUGUAUCCCAUAAAUAAAUCACCAUCGCAUUUAUUUUUAAGCACUUCUUUUUGUAUAUAAAUGUGAUAUAAAUGAAUAUAUGUAUCUAUUUUAAACCUAUAUUUUAGAGAAAAAAGUUCGAAUACAAAUUCAAGAAAAAAAAAAAAUCCUGGCCAACCUUAAGUGGUGUAAGAGGACUCUGAAAGUGACCACCCUAUGACAAAUCACAGUUACUGUACAUUCACAAUGUCCAUUACUUUCAGGGCCCAGUUAAAAGAAAAGUUGAGCUAUUUUGAAGUUGGUCUCUCUAUAUAUAAGUUAUAAAUGUAUAAAUACAAUCUUAGAAAUAUUUUUCAAGAGUGUCAUUGAAGGAAUGGUUCAGUGGGACAGAAAUGACAAGUUAACGGCUAAUCUGAAGCAGCUAUAGCUAAAAUGGAUCGCUACUGGCUUAAAUGAGCUCUUGGUUAUUUAUGUGAAUUCUCUAGUAUUUUUUUUACAACUGUGGAAGUGUUGAUAUAUUAGGGUCACAUGACAUCUAGCAAGAAUUUCCUAAUAUUUUUGCUAAAUCUACCAGUUAAUGCAAAAUUUAAGACAAUGGCAUUGCGAGAAAAUGUGAAAUUCCAAAUGUACUGCUAAGCUCAAACCAGCCAGUUCAAAUAAAUUUGUUUCGACCACAGAUUUUACCAUCUUGAAUCAACUCAAUUUUCACAGCAUUUCUUACACACACAAUUAUUUAAACCUUUACAUUGACAUCAGUCUUGCAUUGUACUGUUAUUUCUGUCCAAAUAUUCUGAAACUUACACAAACCGUGUCACAAAUACAACAUUUGUGCCUCUAAAUAACCAUAAACUCCAAGUAAAUGCAACUUUGAUUGUGAUUUAAUGGUUUAUAAAAUGCCAUUCUCAUACGUUAUGAUGACAUUUUAGAGACUAGAGCUGCUUUUUGAGUGACAGUCCAGUUUGGUUUUAGGGGUCCGUGGUAACUAUAGACAUAGCCGUGGUUUCAUUGUCUUGAGGCUGCAGGCUUUGAGCCCAGGUUAUGCCAAUAAGGACACGGUCACCAAAUCUCCAUGCAAGUUUCCUUGCCGUGGCAGAAGAGAGCAGCCAAAAAAGGAAAAACAAAUCCAUUUUGGGUCUUAGCUGUAUUCAGACAAACCAUUAGGUUAUGGAUCAGGUUAGGUUUGAACCAUUUCCCUAAAUUGAGGCUGUUCAAAAAGCUAUCUGCAACGGUUAAAACCUUUUUUGUUUUUAAGCUGUCAAAAAAAUUCCACUUCAAAAUGGCUAAACUAUUGCUUAAAAAUGAACAUCACUUGAUAAUUGAGCAUUGGCGUUAAUGUCCUGUUUACCAAUUUUCAGAGUUCGCAGCAUCUAACGAACAAUUUUCUUCUUGAGACUAUGACCUCAUUAAAAUGUUUGGAUCUACAAAGUAUAAACCUUUAACCAGCUGUUUUAGUUUCCAGUGGGAUUCACAAGCUGCAGGCUUUAAAGCCUUUAGUUUCUUUGAGCUUUAUCAAUUGUAUCUUCUUCUUGUUGCUGUUCACUGGCCCAUGUAUUUAUCUCCUCCUCAUCAACGCGCCCAUCACUGAAAAAGAAAAAAAAAACACAGGAACGUAGACGAGGAAUGUGUACAGACCCUUUUAGAUACCUGUCACAACCUAGAUAGUUGAGUUUUUAUGCUGGUGGUGAUACUUGGGAGUAAAAGCAGGAUCAAUUUAGACCCAUUUAUUUAAACACACUACAGUGCACUGAGUUCAUAAGGAGAGCCUCCUCCUGUGACGAGCCCUGCAUAGCUACUGUUUAUUUUUAGUGUCAUGAAAUAUGGUUUAGUAGUGUGACCAAGAAGGCCCAUGACAAAUUUUAGAACAAGUUUACGUUAGGAAAAGUUAAUUAUAACAUAAAAACAGCUAAUUCCAAUUGAAUUCAGUUAAUGUUCUAAUAUUAUAAUUAAAAGUCAUAGUGAGGGUCCUCCCAUGUUUCCCCAAAUGGCUCCAUUGGGCGUUGUUUUUCAGGGGUUGUUGGACCCCUUAUCGUAGUUCUGCUACUGGGUUGUGAUGAAUUGCCUUCACUGGAUUCUACUUUAAUGUCUGUGUACCAUGUUUGGCUUUGUUGGUGCUUGUGUAUAAAUGUAAAGUUUCACAAACACUGUAAUGUUUGUUUCAUUUGUUUUAUAUCCCGUGAUGUUCUGUUUCCUUCUAUGCUGUGUCUUUUACUCCUACUGACUGUGAUGACGUGUAUUUGAUCCAUUCCUCCGUACCCCGGCCCACUUUUUUCAGUGUGUGUUGAUCAGUAAUGUCUGUGGUUUUGCCAGUGGUUUUAAAGAUGAAGCCAGGAGAGAAAAAAUAAGGCAAAAUAAGUGUGGUGUUUAGAGAUGGGUGGUGGUUGGUCUGGCUGGUCAAUACCAUGUAAAGACACUAAUGUUUAUUGUGGGAACAUUUCAACAAUAAAAAAAAAGAAUGUUGACUUGUCGACAUAAUCAACAAAAUAA